AGGAACAUCAUGAACAACAAGGUGUUCUACCAACACCCCAACCUGAUGCGGGCUCUGGGGAUGCACGAGACGGUGAUGCAGGUCAUGGUCAGCGUGCUGGGCGGGGGCGAGUCCAAGGAGAUCCGGUUCCCCAAGAUGGUGACCAACUGCUGCCGCUUCCUCUGCUACUUCUGCCGCAUCAGCCGCCAGAACCAGCGCUCCAUGUUCGACCACCUGGGCUACCUGCUGGAGAACAGCGGCAUCGGACUGGCCACCCCCACCUGGGCUACCUGCUGGGUGGUGACGUACCUGGCGAGCUGUGGGCUGCAGAGCUGCCCCAUGCUGCUGGCCAAGGGGUACCCCGACAUCGGCUGGAACCCCUGCGGGGGCGAGCGAUACCUCGACUUCCUGCGCUUCGCCGUCUUCGUCAACGGGGAGAGCGUGGAGGAGAACGCCAACGUGGUGGUGCGGCUGCUGAUCCGGCGUCCCGAGUGCUUCGGGCCGGCGCUGCGGGGCGAGGGCGGCAGCGGCCUCCUGGCCGCCAUCCAGGACGCCCUGAGCAUCGCCCAGGACCCCGCACGAGACGGGCCCAGCGGCAGGAGGGAGAGGAGACCUUUCGGCCCCGAGGAGCCCCCCGAGGAGAACCGGGUGCACCUGGGCCACGCCAUCAUGUCCUUUUACGCCGCCCUCAUCGACCUGCUGGGCCGCUGCGCCCCCGAGAUGCACCUGAUCCAGGCGGGCAAAGGGGAGGCCCUGCGGAUCCGGGCCAUCCUGCGCUCCCUCGUCCCGCUCGAGGACCUGGUGGGCAUCAUCAGCCUCCCCCUGCAGAUCCCGGCCCUGGGAAAAGACGGGAAUGUGGUGGAGCCCCGCAUGGCCGCCAGCUUCGUCCCCGAGCACAAGGCGCCCAUGGUGCUGUUCCUGGACCGCGUGUACGGGGUGCAGAGCCAGGAGUUCCUGCUCCACGUCCUGGAAGUGGGGUUCCUGCCUGACAUGCGCGCCGCCGCCUCCCUCGACACGGCGACGUUCAGCACGACGGAGAUGGCUCUGGCGCUGAACCGGUACCUGUGCCUGGCGGUGCUGCCGCUCAUCACCAAGUGCGCGCCGCUGUUCGCGGGCACGGAGCACCGCGCCAUCAUGGUGGACUCCAUGCUGCACACCAUCUACCGCCUGUCCCGCGGCCGCGCCCUCACCAAGGCCCAGCGCGACGCCAUCGAGGAGUGUCUCAUGGCGCUCUGCAGGUACAUCCGCCCCUCGAUGCUGCAGCACCUCCUGCGCCGCCUCGUCUUCGACGUCCCCAUCCUCAACGAGUUCGCCAAGAUGCCCCUCAAGCUGCUGACGAACCACUACGAGCGGUGCUGGAGGUACUACUGCCUCCCCAACGGCUGGCCCAACAUGGGCGUCAGCUCCGAGGAGGAGCUGCACCUCACCAGGAAGCUCUUCUGGGGCAUCUUCGACUCCCUGGCGCACAAGAAGUUCGAGGCCGAGCUGUACAAACUGGCCAUGCCGUGUCUCUGCGCCAUCGCCGGCGCCCUCCCGCCCGACUACGUGGACGCCAGUUACUCCUCCCGCACCGAGAAAAAGGCCUCGGUGGACGCCGAGGGCAACUUCGACCCCAAACCCGUCGAGACCCUCAAUGUCAUCAUCCCCGAGAAGCUCGACGGCUUCAUCAACAAGUACGCUGAGUACACGCAUGAGAAGUGGGCCUUCGACAAGAUCCAGAACAACUGGACUUUUGGGGAGACGGUGGAUGAAGAGGCCAAAACCCACCCGAUGCUGAGGCCCUACAAGACCUUCUCUGAAAAGGACAAGGAGAUUUACCGGUGGCCCAUCAAGGAGUCCCUGAAGGCCAUGCUGGCCUGGGAGUGGACGGUGGAGAAGGCCCGGGAGGGGGAGGACGAGCGGGCUGAGAAGAAGAAAACCCGCAAAAUCUCCCAGAGCGCCCAGGCCACGUACGACCCCUCUCACGGGUACAGCCCCCAGCCCGUGGACCUGACGGGGGUGACGCUGUCCAGGGAGCUCCAGGCCAUGGCAGAGCAGUUGGCUGAGAACUAUCACAACACCUGGGGCCGCAAGAAGAAACUGGAGCUGGAGGCCAAGGGGGGGGGGUCACACCCCCUCCUGGUCCCCUACGACACCCUGACGGCCAAGGAGAAGGCCCGAGACCGGGAGAAGGCCCAGGAGCUGCUCAAGUUCCUGCAGCUCCACGGAUACGCCGUCACCCGGGGGCUCAAGGACAUGGAACUGGACACGUCGUCCAUCGAGAAACGCUUCGCCUUCGGCUUCCUGCAGCAGCUGCUGCGCUGGAUGGACAUUGCCCAGGAGUUCAUUGCACACCUGG